AUAGAUUAUUCGAUCGAUUUGCGAUUUCGCCGUUGUUGAUCACAAACAAAUAAACAAUAGAAGCGGACAGACGCAUCAUUAUCGCGUUAAAUGAGACGCACUCGUGCCUGAUCGGCUGAUAGUGGUGUGGCGGGAGCGCUAGCGCACCGCACCGGUGCGGCCGACCCUCAGUCGCGAGCAUGUUGACAACGUGCCUCGUCGUAGCCCUAGCGGCGUCGCAUGCCGUCGUCGCCGCUGCUAGCUCCUCGCUAGACCUGGAUGUGAACAAUACAUUGCCCGCUGAACAGUACUUCAUUGAUAAAAUAUUCGACAAAUAUGGAUAUAAAGGCGUCAUCACCUUUGAGGGAUUCGAGCAUUUACUUGAUAGCCUCGGCCUUGGAGGGCGGGUGUUCAACUCUCCGCACGACCUGGCCCUCCAUCGAAUUAAUGGUACCUUCCGCCAACUUCACGACACGCAACACAGACACAGGAGAUCGCCACCACCAACAACUGAUUCUUUAAUCCAAAAAUCAUGCUUAUCUCCAAGACAAAUACUGGAAAUGUAUGGAAUGGAAAAUGAGCCUGGAGUCAUAAGUAUUAAACCGAAAACAUUCUUAGAAAUGUGUCCAGCUUUAGUAUACCAACUAGAUCAACGUUCUUGCUACAAAACUGAAGUGCCUGGUCCGAAAUUGGAACGACAUUGGACAUGGAUAUAUGCCACUUUGAGUAUCCUUGUGAUCAGUGCAACUGGACUGAUGGGUGUGGCUGUAGUACCCCUUCUCAAGUCCGUGGUAUUCAGCUACGUUCUUCACUUUCUUGUCGCAAUAGCCGUGGGUACGUUGUGUGGCGACGCACUUCUACAUUUAUUGCCUCAUGCCCUUAAAUCACAUGGUCCCUCUUCUGAACCACAAGAAGAGACCGAAGUCGUCCUGAAAUGUAGCGUCACAUUUUUAACUGUACUCCUUUUUUAUACGGUCGAAGCAAUUAUGCAAACUAUACAUGGCGGACAUUCCCAUUCACAUGAUCAUUCACAAGGCAAAACUGUAGAAGAAAUAAAAACUGAAUCUGCUAAGCAAAUAGAGUCCAUUGAAUUGGGAGCAAUGAUGCCGGGAUCACCGCCACCACCUGCCGAACGUCCGAUGACAUCUACAGCUCUAAUGGUGAUUGUUGGUGAUGGAUUACACAACUUAACUGAUGGCUUGGCUAUCGGCGCUGCUUUCAGUGGUGAUCCGGUGACUGGUUUCGCUACAGCACUAGCUGUCUUUUGUCACGAGCUCCCGCAUGAGCUGGGUGAUUUUGCGGUGUUACUGCGAUCUGGCAUGAGUAUAAAACGUGCGUUAUACUAUAAUCUUUUAUCAUCUGUACUCAGUUUUAUGGGAAUGGCAGGUGGUAUCUGGUUGGCCGAAGACCAUGAGUCGACAUCCCAAUGGAUUUACGCUGCGACGGCUGGUACAUUUUUGUACAUAGCUUUAGCCGAUUUAGUGCCAGAAAUAAACGAAAACAAUCAUGGUAAAAGUUUGAAUUUAAUUCUAGCCGUAUUAGGUAUACUUGGAGGAGGUGUAAUUAUGCUAGUAAUUGCACUUCACGAGGAUUCAAUACAAUACUUGUUCCGCAAUGCCGAGCAAUGAACUGAAUAAUCAAGAAUAUAUGUAAGUCAAUAAUUAAUACUUAGUACAUUUUGCAAUGUGAUAAACUCAUGGUUGUUCGUCUAGGUAGUUGAGAAAUAAUUUUAAAUAUUAUAGCAUUAGGUGUCAUUCUAUGAAUAUUAUUUUAAGGGUGCCUACAUAUAUACUUAUGUCACAUAUACUACCUUAAUCGUUUAAAAGUGAAUGUUAUAUUUAAAGGAAUGUGAUAUAAAUUGUUUGAUACCUAAAUGUAACUCUCGAGACCAACACUGGCUUUCAUUGUGAUGGGAUAUGAGAGAUUAGCUCAUCAAUACAAGGGUAUUUGCAAAUUGCUCAAAUUUUAAUUGUAUAAUUAGGUUGUCUGUGGUACUGUACCUCCUAUGCAUAAUAAAAAAAAGUAAUAACGUAAUCUAACUGCUUUUCAAACAUUUUACAUUAAUAUUAUUGUCUAUUUUGGCACCAUUUAUGGAAACACUAAAUGUUUAUUAUUAGUAUUAUUAUUAUUUAUAGUUAAAAUGUUUCCUUUAGAUAUUUACCUAAUUGUAUAGAAUAUUGUAUUAAAAGAUUUUUACCUAGUUACCAUUAGGUAAUAUUCCUAUUACGUAGAUAUCUACCUUCUUACAAAACUCGAAAAUGUCAUAGUAGCCGAAAUAUUUACAUUUAAAUCAAUAAGUAUUUAUUUUUAAUGAUAGUUUACUUGAAUUUGUUUUAGAUAUAUUUGAUUAAUAUUUGUCAAAUAAUUAAUGAGUAUUAUUAUAUAGUAUUAUAAGUAGGUAUAACCCUAAAAGUGCCUUAGUAAUAAAAUCAGAUAAAUUUGUCUAAACUUAGGUUCCUAUCUAUAAUAUGUAUAAACAUGUAUUUUAAUCCUUCAUAAUACAGUAAAAGUAAUUAUGAAGCUUUUACAAGUUUAUCCUAACGAUCAAUAGGCAUAUGAAUAGAAAUGUAAGCGACGCUUAGUUCCCUUUAAUUUGUAUCCUGUUUUCUGUUAAUCUAAAAUGUACCUAAUAUGCAACUAAAAUUAUAGGUGGAAAAAGUACCUAAAAUGCAACCAAAAUUAUAGGUGGAAACGGUUAAUAAAAUACUAAAUCACGAACCGGGGAUCUCAAAAUCAGAACUGGAAGAUAUUCCAGAAAUUGCCCUAAGCAUCAGCUUUAUUAUAUAUUAUAGAUAGUUACCUAUUAACGUCUGCAAAAUCAUUUUUAGUCGGUCAUAUAGUUUUUUUUUUUAAUAUAAUAAUAAAAUUAUAUAAUUAUAUAUAAUUUUUUCUAAGAGCAUUUAUAAAAGAAUUUUAAUAAGUAUUCAUGCUGUAAGUAAUGCAUAAUCCUACAACUAGGCAAACUUUGAUUGAGUGAUAUCUACAUUUAUUGUGUUCUUACGUUGGUCCAAAUACCGGAAAUUAUCUUCCAAUAAUCUACGUUUGCUGAUUUUUUUUUUUUUUUUUAAAUAGAUAAAAAUAUAACAGCAACGCCACCUGCUCUAUAUUUAUAGUGGCAGAUAGUCUAGUGAAGAAUGAUAAGUGAAGAUGAAGCCUGGUCAAUUGAUUCACCGAUAUGAACUCAUAUGAUAGUUUCCAAGAAUUGUUAACUAGCAAUAAACUCACUAGUCCUUAUUACUAAUAAUUUUACUACUUUUAUAGGUGUUAUUGAACUAUUUUCUACUUGACCCGAAAUAAUGCUAAAUGUGAACCGUUACUCCUUGCUAAAAAACAUCUCAAUACUUAUGCCGUCAAAUUUCACAAUGUUAUAAUUCGAGAGGGACUAGUUCGUUCGAUGCAGGAUAGGAUACUUGCCGAUAUGUGGAUGAAUCGACAAUAAAGAAGUCCAUCAUGAAGCGCCAUUUUUUUAAAUCUAUCGGUGAAUUUAAAAUUUCAAUUUCACAUCACAGCCAAAUUUUUGUUCUAAAGACCAAUAUUAUCCAAAUUUCUAGUACAUUUAAGUAAAAAUUAUUAUAAAUAUAGAUUAUGAUGGUCCAAAUAACAGUAAUUUCGCGAAACUAUUAAAUUAAAAUAUUCGGUUAAAAGAUAGGUUUAGAAAUAUAGCUCCCCUGAAUCGGUCAGUAAACACAAUCCAUAACAAAGCUAUUAAUGCCCCGGAACUAAUAUAAUGGUAGAACAAUAAGAUACACGAAAAAUUAUAAUACGAGUAAGUAAUAAUAAAUAAAAUAAAAAUUAAGUUUCGAAACAAAAUUAAGAAUCGAUACAGUACCUAGGGAUACAAUACGCUGUACCAGUAAGCUUUUUCUUUUAUAAAUGCUCCAAGUACUAUCAAACUGCUAUAUACCUAUAUUAUAAUUACAUAUAAUAAUAGUUACAUAAUUUAUAAAUUAAUGUCAGUGAUUUUUACAAAUAUGUAACGAAAAAAUUUUGCGUGUUAUUGAAUUGUACAAAGUUGUUUUAAGUAAUUGAUUUAAUGUAUAUUAAGUUAAUGUUAUUAUUAAAAAACUUUAAUACAUGUUUGAAAAGUCAUUAAAUGUGUAAAUAAUA